AUGGGAGUGUUUGAAGAGCGGCCUUCUCACACGCCCGGGAUGCAUUGGCAGCAGCACGAACACUACAUUGGCCCGGCGUACGACCCGUCCCGCGAUCUCUCGCCCAACCUCCCGUCGUGCGACUCGUCCAUGGGCGAUCCCGAUCGCAGCGUCUCCAGCGGCAGCUCCUGCAGCACACCGUCCAACAACAACCACCAGUCCUGCGGCUCGGAGGUCUGCCGACCGCCCCACGUCACCCUGGCCCACCAGCCCCCGCAGCGAUCCAUCACGCCGCCCGACAUCUGCCGGCCCCACUCCUCCUUCGAGCAGCACAUACCAAAGAUCGAACCGCUGCAAUCGUCCACGCCGCCCUCCUCGCCCGCCGCCAGCUGCUCCGAGGAAAACGGUGCUGUCUGUGCUGGUUGUUGCAUGAAAAUAACCGACAGGUAUUACCUGCAAGCGGUGGAGAGAAGAUGGCACACGUCUUGUUUGCAGUGUUACCAGUGUAGAAGGACUUUAGAAGGUGACAAUUCCUGUUUCUCCAGGGAUGGUAAUAUUUAUUGUAAAAAGGACUACUAUAGGUUAUUUAGCAUGAAGAGCUGCGCUCGGUGUCACGUGACGAUUCUAUCAUCGGAACUAGUGAUGCGCGCCAAAGAGUUCGUCUUCCACGUGCAUUGUUUCUCUUGUGAAGUGUGCAACGCCAUAUUGACGAAAGGUGAUCAAUUCGGCAUGAGGAACGGUUCGGUGUUGUGCCGCGUCCAUUUCGAACUCUCCGUGUCCGAAUCGAUUCCGCACGGCGGCGGCGUCGGCGGCGGCGGUCUCUUCCACCCGCAGCACCACCCCCACUAUCCGCCGCCGUUUCCCAGUCCGGAUUUCCACCACCAUCCGUCCAUGCCGCCGCAGCCGGCCGGCGGCGGCGGCGAUCACAUCGGUAAAGUUCCUCCCUUCUUCAACGGCGCCCCCACGACGCCGCGACAGAAGGGCAGACCGCGCAAAAGGAAGCCCAAGGACUUGGAAGGGAUGACCGCUAAUCUCGAUCUGAACUCCGAUUACUUGGACAUGCCGUUCGGCCGGUCGCCGGGCACGCCGGGCCUGCACGGAUCGAAUCAAAGGACGAAAAGGAUGAGGACGUCGUUCAAGCACCAUCAACUCAGAACGAUGAAAUCCUACUUCGCCAUCAACCACAAUCCGGACGCUAAGGAUCUGAAGCAACUUUCCCAGAAGACCGGAUUACCCAAGAGGGUGCUACAGGUGUGGUUCCAGAACGCGAGGGCGAAGUGGCGCCGGAUGAUGCUGAAGCAGGAGGGCAAAUCGGGUGGCGAGAAGUGCUCGAGCGCCGACAGCGUGACGGACAUGGACCUGUACCCGCACGGGCCGGGUUCCAUCGGCAGCACCAUAUCCAUGAACCCGCACAGCCCGGCGUUCAUGAUGCCCUCGGGCAGCCCGUCGUCGCUGGACUGCUCGUGA